AUGGCUCCCGAAGCACCGCAGUUACCUACGAAAUUUCCCUGUUGGUGUAGGGCCAUAUAUUCGUGGGGAGGCGAAACAAAACGUGACUUAGGCUUCGUGGAAGGAGACCUGAUCGAAUGUCUCAAUGCCGGAGAUGGAUCGUGGUGGACCGGCCGGUUGAAGCGCGAUCGACGAAUGGUGGGAGUGUUUCCAUCGAAUUUCGUCAAGGUCCUCGACGAAGGCUUCGUGCCUUUGAGUCGCUCUGUGAGCCCUCUGCCGCUUAGCGCACAGGUCACUCCGUCAAAUUCCACUGCUGGCGGACCGAAGAAACAGAAGACGGUCUUCAGAAAGCCAUUUCAGGGUUACAAAGAGGUUGUCGGGCCCUCAGGAACGCUGUCCAAGCAGUCGACUCCGGUCGAAUCGCCUCUGAAAACACCAGUAGCUCAAAAACAAUCAAUGCGCAAAUCACGGGAUCCGGAUCGCACCCCAACAACAAGGCGAAAUGAAGCUCCCGCUCGCCCGCCGUCACGUGCUAUCUCUCCCGCUCCGCCGCCGCCACCCGUCGCGGAACCCAAUGAUUCUCCGCCGCCUCCACCGCCGCCUCCUCACAGAAUUUUGCAUAGACGGUCUGUGUCGCCCCAGCCUCAGUACUAUCACCAAAUGCAGGAUAACUAUCCUCCAAGGACUCCGUCUCCUUACCCCCAGUCACCCAUCCAUGGCAACACUCCAUCACCACUGAGGGACGCAAUUGAAGACGUCAUGACCUCCUUGCAUGAUAUGGGCCUUCAUCGUGGCGACCCUUCGCCGGAACCUCCCCGUGGUCGCUCCCCUUUUCAACCUUGGUCUCCGGAUGCCUAUGAACAAAUACACGAACAUAGUGCACAAGGACAUGCUGAGCGCCCUCUAACUUCUCUGGGCCUUGGGGGUCAUGAUCCUUUCCGGGAGCAUGAUUUUGACUACCAGCAGAAUAGUUUCAAUCGAUACUAUGAUGGCCCCCCACAACUCGGCAAUUACGUCGAAAGAAUGGAGAGUCGGUUGCGACAACUCCAUGCACAGGAAAACAAAGAUGAGCUCCAUCUUCCACCGCCUUCACCGCCGAAGAAGGAUUCUCGGGGGAACGAAGGGUUCAUGUCCCAACGACAGCGAUCGCUUAGAAACAGAAAAUCCAUUAGCGAGCUUAACAGCGCGUAUCUUGGACGCACACAUACUACGAGAUCAACUACGACAAACUCAUCGAGCGGUGUCCAAAGUGUCGCAACAAACAGCACCACGAGUACCGGAUUAACGAGCCAAAGUUUGAUGAGUGGUACGUCAGCCGGGGGGUUUAGCGCCACAAGUGCGGCCAGUUUUGCGCGACGGUCCAAGGUGUAUGGCAUGUCAAAAGAUAGACCCGCAAGUCCAUUGAACCGUCCUCUAUCCCGAGGGAUCUAUGGCCUCGAGAGAGGCAAAUCUAGCAGCAGUAGGCCCCAGACUCCUUUAACAGGGAUAUCGUAUCAUCCAAGCCACGAUUCUCGUCAGGGAGCUACUUCAGCAAUGGGGUGGUCUGAAUAUAGUAAGGGAAACGAUUCGCCGGGUCUACUUGGGGGCCUUACAACCCCCAAAACAAAGAAGACAGGAUUCUUGAAGAAAAUCCUCGAGUCGGCAAAAACUGGGGCUGCAACUGCAAGAAGCAACAUAGCUUCAGGUCAAAUAUCGCGACCAUCAUCCCCCACGAAAAAUCUUAUCCAGGGUGGCAUUUCUUCACUGUCUCCUACUCGACACGGGAAGGAUGCUUCAAAAGAGAUGGGUAUUGGAGCAAACGAUUGGGUACAGGUUCGAAGAGAUGUCAAUCGCGCUACUACUCCCAGCCGAAAUGAGCUUAUUGAGCGAGCAGAACGUUGCCAAAUGAUGGAAUACCCUGUGAUAGCCCCUGUGACUGAUCUUCAUGAAAUCGGGGAAGGAGAUGAGGGUAUUGAUGGUCUGCCAAUUGCUGAACCAACUAACUGGAACACUGUGAAUCUGCAGCUAGUGGACAAAAGUGCGCGGUUCAUCACGAGCUUGCCACCAAUGAUGAAUCCUGUGAGCUUAGCCCAAGGAUAUGUUUGCCGCCCGUAUCGGAGCGAUGCACAACGGCUGCGUGCUAUUUUUACUUGGGUUGGCGAGAAGAUUGCAUGGGACGAUGAUCUAGACUGCGAUGUUGAUCUGAGAAGGGUUAUUCUAAUGAAGCGAGGCUGCCCACAUGAAGUCGCAGUAUUGGUGAUGGAAAUGUGCGCUGCUGUUGGUAUCCACGCUGAGGUUGUAAGGGGGUACCUGAAGACCCCAGGUGAAGUUAUAGAUUUCGAUAGUCUAUCGAAGGCAAAUCACUGGUGGAACGCGGUUCUUAUCGACGGUGAAUGGAGAAUUAUGGAUUGCUCCCUGGCCAGCCCGACGCAUCCGCGCCGGUCCUUGUAUUCGAGUGCGAACUCUCAAGCUGCUGACAGCUGGUAUUUCUUGGCACGCCCAAUGGAAAUCUGCUACAGCCAUGUUCCUGUGAUGUCCGAGCAACAGCAUAUUUGCCCUCCCAUUGCUCCCGAAAUUCUUCUCUCACUUCCAUGUGCUUGUCCUGCCUUCUUUAAGAAUGGCCUUCACCUGCCAAGCUAUGAUACCAGUUUAGUCCAGAUCAAUGGGCUAGAGACGGUACAGAUUCGCAUUAAUGUUCCGCCCGAUGUUGAAUGCGCUGCAGAGGUCGAAGCCAUUGCUUUCGCGCAUGACGUGGACGGUGAUCGUUUCGAGAGCGGGGACGUGGUAAAGAAGCGAGCGUUGGCGCAGCCGGAUUGGUUUCGCGGUCAAAAGCGAUUCACAAUCAAAGCUGUAUUACCCGGGGACGAGGGUCAAGGCGUAUUGAAGGUUUAUGCUGGAAAGAAAGGCCUCAUGCAUUCAUCAAAAGAUAUUCCGCAUCCGCUGGCUUUUGCUCUUCCCAUCAUUCACACUGGUGAAAAUCCUCCUUAUGACUUUAUUCUUCGCCAUCCAACACCCCACGCGCAACGACACGACUUAUAUGUCAUACAACCGCAAUGUGUCCGACUGGCUAUUAACAAUACCUUCGUUUUUGCGGUUCGCCAACAUCCGGCUUACUCGCCUUCCACAACAUCAAGCUUUAGCGAGGUGAGUGGUCGCGUGUCUCCAAACCCGUUCGCCCGACCUUCAAGCUCCCUUAGCAUGGUGUCGUCUAUCGCUACCGCUUCGAAUGCAUCCACUACUUCUGCGAGUAGUAAGAGCCACGUGUCGCGUGAGAAGCCAGCAAAACUAGCGGUACAGACACCAUCGGGCAAGAUUUUACGACUUUCAAGAAAAGCGGACCAUAUGAUUACGACAAGCACGGCAACUGAGUGGGCCAAUGAUGGUACUCCCGAUGGAAGUGUUUGGGAAACGGUUAUUAAAGUUAGCGAGCGAGGCGUUUGGAGAGGAUUGGUGCUUGCGGAUCGGAGCGCUAGGUGGUGCGUUUGGGGGGAAUGGGAAUGUGUUUGA